UUACAUAGAUCUUCAGAGAUGGCCUGACGCAUUUAGACACUCCUUGGAGAUCAGCCUAGGCAUUCUGCAUUUUUAAAAUAGCUGUUGCCUUGACCAAAUGAAAUGGACAGACUUCGCCGACAUACAGCAAUAGAGGGUCCUCCGUGGGAUAUUGAAAAUAUUUCUGUGUUGAUCUCAAGAUUGAUUGAAAGGAAUAUGAUGGGGACAGAGGAGGACAUUCGAUUCAGGAGGAGAGCAGUGCUUAUAAAAGCACGAAUAUAUAACACUCCCAGCAAUGCGUUUAAAAAGCUGCUCUGCGGAAGUCAAAGUGAAGGACUUUACCUGCGUGGUUCAGAUUUUGACUUCAUGUUUGUACACAAUGAUGUGGUGGCCUUGUAUCCUGGACAAAUUGUUCCUCCAGAAGACGCACACAAGACUGUGCUGUAUGUGAAAGAGUCUGACUGCCGACCUGGAUAUGUGGCCUUACAAUUAGGUCAUAUUGGACAAAAAUGUGAUAUCUAUCUAUUUAAUUCACUUGUUCCAGUUGGACAUGUUAUAUUUGUCUCUAGUGACAUGUACAGAGAACAAAUUGUCAACCAACGAACAACGCAAACAGGAUUUCGUCAUGUAUCUAAUGGUCCAAGCUGUUCAACUGGAGAUGUGGAUCAUGUCAGAUGCUUUCACUUUAACAGUUGGCCAAGGGAGGCUAACCAAUGGAUGACACGUCCUCGUCUGUAUGGAUGGCCAACACAAGUAUUGAUUGACAGAGUUGUACAGAGUGGUUGCCAUCUUGUCCCAGUAGGGGACAAAUGUUCCGAAGACACGCUAUUACAGUGGCGGAUAUCGUUUGCGUCAGCGGAGAGACUAUUAGUUCACUCUUUUAGUCACAUACAAAUGAAAACUUACUGUUUCCUGAAAUAUUUCUUAAAACAAAUGAAAGAUACAUUACGAGAUAUCAUUGGGAAAGAAGAUGAUGAUAUUUUGUGUUCUUAUCAUUUAAAAACACUUUUGUUUAUUUCAGUGGAACACUCAAAUCCAAAACUCUGGCAAGAACAAAAUCUGUUUUAUUGUUUCUGGUUUUGCUUCAACAUUCUGAUCUCUUGUGUUAAAGUAGGACACUUUCCAAACUACUUCAUCCCUACCAACAACAUGUUCCAGAGAAAGGUUCAUGGAGAAAAUCAACAAAAACUAUUUCACAUGCUGAACGUGUUUCAUACAGAGAAGUUACUUUGCCUUUCACAUACAUCUAGGACAUUCAGUGAGGUUAGUAUGCUGGAAACUGUUUCUAAUUUUGAAAUACAAACCGAACUAAAUCGAACACAAACUGUACAAGAAAUGGAAUACAGACGGGAUAUGAAUAUUAAACGAACGCUGGAGAUAAAUAAGCUUUCCUUCGGGGAUUGCACACCUCUGACAAUUACAAGAUCAAUUAAUUUACAAAUGAAAUCUGUUUCGGAGCUAGAUGAAUUAGUCGCUUUUGCGACUACUGUUGGUAUAGUAUCCACGGCAGCAAAGAGAGAAAUCCAUCAAGACCUUGUCGCAGGGUCUACCAACAACAAGACCAGGUACCGUACCUUGAGGAAGUGUCAACACCGACUGACACUAUGUGCUUCAAUGGGUACAUACCUGCUGGACUUGGCAACUCUGCACUUCCUCACAGGUAAUUACUUGAAAGCCCAAGAGAUGUGUGGACGCAUAACUUCACAGCCAUCGUAUUUCGCCCAUACUGGUAUAUUAUUACCACAAAAUCAAGCAGAAAUAUAUAAGCAGCAAUACUGUGGGAAAGGAUACACCUCAAUUCAUAAACUGAAUAAAAUAUUCACAGAUGAUAUCCAUCUGCGAAAAGAUAUUAUACACCUACCCCAUCUCCGCCCGGAGAUAUCAAGAAGCCGAUCUGGUGUGUGGAUUCCGCCACUACCGUAUGCUGCGUUCUUGUCUUUCAUGAGCUGCAAUGAGCUCAAGGACAGAAUAGGAUGUGACGUAUCACUACGAAACCUGAUACAGGUCAAGUACGAUGACCUUCAAGGAGGACAUAGCCAUUGGAUAGUGUAUACACUGCUGGGACUAUGCUACCAGACGUUUGGGGACUAUCCCAGGGCCAUCCGUGCUUACUGGGACUCAGCUCAAACAAAGACAGAGUAUCAUGAGCAAAAUCCUGCACUGGAGAGGAUCGCAGCUAUACAGAGAUUUAACACUGAGUAAACAAUUGUUUCUAGACUCUGGUAUAUUGUUUCUAGUCUACUUUUAUAAUAUCCAAGUAAAAUAAUGAUUGAAUAAGAAACAUUUGUGAAGGGAAAGUGAAACCGAGAAACAAGAGCUGUAUAUAAGAGGCAUUUCUUUUCACGAUUUUCCUAAAACUGUAUGACAGCACACCACUAGCUAAAAUAUAUGACUCGAUGCCAUUUUAGUUCCUCAGAAGUCGAAUGAAAAUUUGAAUAAAUUUGACACCUUUGACCUUAAAUUUCUGUCAAAACAACUUUUAACAAACUCUGCAGCACAACAUUUCAGCAAACUGUUGGUCAAGUUUAUUGUCAGUAUGCCUUUACGUUCUUUAGUUUGGGUGUUUUAACAAAUUUGAACCCUGUAAACUUGAAUAUGGGUCAAGGUCAUUUCUUUUCAAAAUGUAUAUGGCACUACGUUUCAGCAAGAUGUAAGCCAUCUAUCAAUGACUCAAAGCAUUAUUAUCAAUA